CCCGCCUCGGAGCGGCCGCCGGGGCUCGGGGCCGCGUGGGCGCCCGCGGGUGGGCGGCGGGGCGGGGGCGGAGGCGGGAGGGGUGCGGGCCGCGGGUCCGCGCGUGUGUGUGUGUGUGUGUGUGCCGUGCCCAGGGGGAGGUUUCUUGCACACGCACACACACACACACCGCACACACGCGCGCACCCGCAGGACCGGCCCCGCUCCGGCCCCCCCCCGCUCCCGGCUCACACCAUGUUCCAGCCGUCUGCGAAGCGCUGCUUCACCAUCGAGUCCCUGGUGGGCAAGGACACCCCCCUGGGCCCCGAGGACCCCCCGCGCCCCGCCGCCCUCGCCUACCCCGGCCCCGCCGCCGCCGCCGACGCCGCCGCCUUCGCCCCCGGCUUCCAGGGAGCCGCCGGCCGGGCCCUGUACGGCAGCGCCGAGCUCGUCUUCCCCGAGGCCGUGGGGCACCCGGCGCUGCCCGUCGGGCCCCCCCAGCUGGGGGGCUCGGCCCUGCCGCACCCGCACCCCUUCUUCGGGCCGCAGCACCGCGACCCGCUCAACUUUUACCCCUGGGUGCUGCGGAACCGCUUCUUCGGCCACCGCUUCCAAGGGAGCGAGGUGUCCCAGGAGAGCCUCCUGCUGCACGGCCCCUUCGCCCGCAAGCCCAAGCGCAUCCGCACGGCCUUUUCCCCGUCGCAGCUGCUGCGCCUGGAGAGAGCCUUCGAGAAGAACCACUACGUGGUGGGCGCCGAGCGCAAGCAGCUGGCCAGCAGCCUCAGCCUCUCCGAGACACAGGUGAAGGUGUGGUUCCAGAACAGGCGGACGAAAUACAAACGGCAGAAGCUGGAGGAGGAGGGCCCCGACUCGGACCAGAAGAAGAAGGGCUCGCACCACAUCAACCGAUGGCGCCUGGCCACCAAGCAGUCGAGCGGAGAAGACAUCGACGUCACCUCCAACGACUAAGGCAGGGACACGCUGCUGGCGCGGCCACCAUGCACAGGAGCCCGGCGCGGCCAGCGGGGACAGCGGCGGCGGCACCCCGCGGACUGUAGGGACACAGCCCGACCCCGUCCCCCCCGCGCCCGGGGCCACCCUCGGAGGGGCUUUCGGGGAGCUCCGGCCGAGCCCAGCGGGGAGAGGAGGCUGCCAGGGCGGCCCCGGAGCGCGCACCCGCCCGGCGCCGGCUCCGUCCGGUCCUGCCACACGCUCCGUGCUCCGAGCCCUUCUCCCUUUGCCUUUUUAUUCUCGUUUCCCACCGUUUCCUUUCUCCCACCCCUGAUUUUCUCCGUUGGUUUCAUCGUUUGGGUUUGGUUUUUUUUUUUUUUUUUUUAAAUGAGGAUUUGUUUUAAUUUAUUCUUUCUCCCCGUGCCCGUGUGCGUGCGUUCCCUCCCGUAGGUAGCGGCUGUAGUGAGUGUCACUGCGUGGAAAUAAAAGAAAAACCUGCUGGAA